AUGGCGCUAUCAACCACCAUUCGUCGCGCUAUAUUCAUCAUUCGAAUUGACUCGGGUCCUCCACUUCGCAAAAGGAUUCGUGACUAUGAGGAACUGUAUUCCAAGCUUAAUGGCAGUCUACAGCUUUCGAUAGCUGCUCCACCACGGAAGAAAUUUUUGCAAACGGAUACGAAAUUACAAGAGAAACGGCGUCAAUGGAUCGUUGCACUGACGCAGCUGUUAAUCGCUGACCACCAUGAUAAGUGA